CAACACACGUCUUCGCUUGUUUCCCAUUUCUCUCUCUUUCUCUCUGACAGGGCGUUUUUCUGGCUAGUGUCCCUGCUGCUGGCCUCUUUGAUCUGGUUCAUUUCAGUGCAGCUCAGCAAUCGGGAGGACUCCAGGCUGCAGUAUGGCCUCCUGGUCUUUGGGGCCGCGGUGUCGGUGCUGCUGCAGGAGGCGUUUCGAUUUGCCUACUUCAAGCUACUCAAGAAAGCCGACGAGGGCUUGGCGACGCUCAGUGAGGAUGGGCAGUCUCCCAUCUCCCUCAAGCAGAUGGCCUAUGUAUCGGGGCUGUCCUUCGGGAUCAUCAGUGGGGUCUUCUCGGUCAUUAACAUCCUGGCGGACUCCAUAGGGCCGGGCAUCGUAGGGAUCCACGGGGAUUCGCCUUAUUACUUCAUCACGUCAGCAUUCCUGACCAUGGCCGUCGUCUUCCUACACACGUUCUGGGGGGUGAUCUUCUUUGACGCCUGCGAGAGGCAGCGGUAUUGGUCCCUGGUGCUGGUGGUGGCCAGUCACCUCGUCACGUCCGGGUUGACGUUCCUGAAUCCCUGGUACCAAGCCAGCCUCAUCCCCAUUUACAUCAUCACCAUCUCCAUGGGCGUCUGGGCCUUCUUCACGGCCGGAAGCUCCUUGCACAACGUCCUGGCCUGCCUCUCCUGUAAACAGGAGGAAGACAACCGAGUGAUGGUGUACUCUGCGCUGCAGGUCCCCGUCGAGGACUGAGCCCCUCCUCAGGCCGGCACCUGCCUGCCAGAGACAUCCAGGGAAAACCAAUACCCCAAGUGCCCUGUUCUCUGCAGCUGGGAGCAGCCUGGAACAUCCCCUCCCCAUGGCAGGAGCUGGGGCAUGGGACUCGGAGCCUGUCAGAGCAGCUCACCCUGCUCAUGGGGCUGGGCCGCUGCGCUGGUGGAGGUGUGGCUGGGAUUGCGAGGCUGAGUCCUGUGGGGCCCUGGCGGUCUCUGUGCUGUGGAUUCAGGGGCCUGGGGCACCGCCGGACUUUUUCCCUCCUGUCAGCUGCAAAGGACUGAAGCUCUGACCGGGCCUCUCGGACUCGAACCUGCCCAGAAUCGGGCUCAUGGCGGGUCUUGCAAACUCUGCCACCCCCUCCCUGUACGAACGCGCUGCCCGCUUCGGAGGCGAAUUGUCCCGCGGCUCCUCUGUCUGACUGGGGCUGCAGCAGAGGGGCUGGAAAGUCCUGUCCGGUAGCACUGACACCCGUCGCUUUUGAAAUGGUCCUUUAUUGGCAUCUAUUUCUCUGGAUCUCUGGGUAGGGUCUGGGUUAGCGGAGCAGCGAGCCCAUCUGGCUGCCCACCCCCUGCCCUGGGGCCACGAAGGGCCCUCUGAGCUGUGCCCCAGGGUUUGUGGUAGUGAGGACACCUGUGGCUUUUCUGUGUUUGCCGCAGCGCCAGUGUGACCGGCUCAGCUGGGAACUCGCCCGCCGGCAAAGUUUGGCCUGUUUUGGGGAAGGCUCAGCUGGAACGGAACUCUAAAAGGAUGGGGUGCGCUCCCCCCCUGAGGUGCAACCAACCCUGCUAACUUCCGUCCAGUGACAGCUGGGUGAGGGCGCUCCCUGCGGGGUUAGUGAGCCCAAGAUUCCCGGGUGAUGGUCUAGAAACUCUGCAGCAUUCUGUCCUUGGGCUCCUCCCCAGCAACGCACGCAUGUGUCUCAGCCUGAGAGACCUGCCCCAUUGCAGCGUAGCUUGGCAAGGGGGCUGAGUGUUAACGUGGCUGCCCCCACGAGAGAGCUGUGCUCCUAGCUACGCGUGGGAAGCAUCUGGGAAAAAGGUAGGCAUGCAUCCUAUGUCGCUCCCAGGCACCCCCUACUGGGAGGUCAUGCAGCAGCCACGGGGGUGGGGGGGAGCGUGCAAGUCAUGCCCCAGAAUGGAGGGGAAGGAUCUGAUUUAGGGGGCGCUGCUGCAGAACGGCUUGCAGUAUUGCUGGCUCUGCAAGGGCUAAUCUGCUGUAGCAGACACUGCCCAGCUAUUGGCAAUACCACGCGGCAGCUCGUCUCCAGAGAACCAGAUGCUUCUGGUGCUGUGGAAGAGGGCCGAACGGUGCUGCUUUGUUCAGGGGCUAAAAGGGUUGCCUCGCAAACCUCACCCCGGAGACUCCCUGAGGGUGGAGAGCAGUGACAGGCCGGUCGCUGUCUGCUACAAGAAGUUGAAAAUCUCAGUGUGUGUUUGUUUUUUCCCCUAAGUUUGGGAGAAGAUUCACUACAUGUCUGUAAAAUCGGGAUUUUUAAAAAUAUUUUUUUGAUUCAGAGUAAAAUCCUUUUAAUAGAGACGCUGUGAUGACUAAUAAAGCCUUC